AUGGGUGGAAUGGCUAACCAGCACAAGGCUUCAGUUACCAGAUUAAAAUACAAGGGUAAAGAGUCGUUACCAAAACAGGUUGACAACAUUCUCACCGAAGAAGCUGACACCAUUACAGCCUACAUGAAAUGUGUUUACCAUCAGGCCAAACAGGAACUUCCAAAAUCAGCCUUCAAAGAACACAUUGAUCUUGCAGACAAUUUCAAUGUCAAAUUCAUUAAAAACAAAUCUUAUGAACCUCUGUGCACAUCCAAUUAUAGUCUGAAUGAAUUCUAUCAAUCAAUCAGUGAUGUCAUUUGGGAGGACACAUAUGAAGCUAUCAUUCGUUCACAAAAGUAUGGAUUAAUUAUUGAUGAGAGCACAGACAUUGGAAACAAAAAACAGUUACUUGCCUACAUACAGCAUCUUGAUGAGGAUGGUGUAAAAUGUGCUCUUCUUGAUAACAUGCUGAUAACUGCAUCUCAGGCAAAUGUAGAAACAAUAACAUGUAAGAUAAAAGACUAUCUUGAAAGAAAACAAAUUGACAUUAGUAAAAUGGUAGGCAUAGGAACUGAUGGCGCUUCUGUGACGACAGGAAGUAAGAAUGGUGUUGUUAAAAGGCUGAAAGACUGUGCUCCCUCUUUAAUUGGUGCACACUGUGCUGCUCAUCGUUGUUCUCUAGCUACUUCCCAAGCUACAAAGUCUAGCCCUGAACUGGAGUCAUACAGUAGAACAGUCAACAAUAACUACUACUUCUCAAUUCUGCCAAAAGAUGGUCUAUCAUGUUAA